UACACUCAAUCGUUCAACCGGAGGGACUGUUGUUGUCAAAAUUUAAAGGGAGUCCGCCGUCUCUUCUCAAUCUCUUCGUGUCUUGAGGCUGCAGUGAAGGAAAUAAAUUUAUGAGCGGAAUUCCCUGGUAGAAAGCGACCGAAAGAGGAUCUGAAGGACACUAAAGUGCCCAUCACGGAGAGGCAGUAUGAGCUCCAAGGGGGGCGGCACUGCCCUGUCCCGUCGCAACUACCGACUGGCUGUGGACACCGAUAAGCCAAAGGUGACAGGCAUUGUCAAUGAGAAGCUGCUGAGUGAUUAUCUGCACGUCGUCUUCCCUCCCUCCAGCAAGCAGAGCCUGUCUUCAGCAUCCUUUCGGAAAACCCUUACCUUCCAGGACCUUGCGGCCCACCUUGAAAGACUUCUGUCUGAGGGGGAGCCUGCGGAGGACGGCAGAGACCCAGCUGCAGAGGGGCGGCUCGGCCCUUCCACUGUUGUGCUUGAUCACACCACGGGCUUUGAGGGGCUCCUCUUUGUGGAUGACGAUCUCCUUGGAGUCAUUGGCCACAGUAACUUCAGCUCCAUCAGAGCCACCACAUGUGUUUUCAAAGGAAAAUGGAUCUAUGAGGUCCUCAUCUCCUCCCAAGGGCUGAUGCAGAUCGGAUGGUGCACGCUGGACUGCCGCUUCAACCAGGAGGAGGGUGUGGGAGACACACCGGACUCGUACGCCUAUGACGGAAACAGGGUUCGCAAAUGGAAUGUCACAACCACCAACUAUGGCAAGUCCUGGGCUGCAGGGGACAUUGUAAGCUGUUUGAUAGACUUGGAUGAAGGGACCAUUACGUUUUACCUGAAUGGGCAGUCCCUGGGCAUUGCCUUCAGUAACAUCAAGAUGGGUCCGGGCAUAGCCUACUUCCCCGCCAUUAGUCUCUCCUUCAAAGAGUCUGUGGCGUUCAACUUUGGCAGCCGUCCGCUCCGAUAUCCUGUGGAAGGCUAUUCACCCCUGCAGGACCCCCCAACUGCAGACCUUCUGAAGGCCAACAGGCUGCUGGGCUACAUCAAGAACGUUUUAUCCACCACAAUAGACACACAGGAGGGCAAGCUGGUGGAGAAGGACAUUGGUGAAUGGCAGCUACAGGGAGACCCUACAGUUCUCGUCACCCUGGCCCACAUCUUCAACUACUUUGCGCCCCUUAUGUGUAAGGUCUACCUGGUGGAGGAUGUUCUCAUGAACUUCUUGCUAAGCAUCUUGGAGGGUGGUGGCUCAGUGGAAGAGCAUCCCCUCAUCCAGCAGCUUCUGGACCUCUUCUGGCUUCUCAUGGAGGACUACGAGGUGAACGAAUGCCUUAAACAGCUGAUGAUGUCGCUCCUAAGAGCCUACAGAUUCUCCCCCAUCAUCCCAGACCUGGGUUUCCAGAUUCAUUACUUGCGCUUGACGACAGCGAUUCUCCGCCACGAGAAGUCCAGGAAAUAUCUCCUCAGCAACGUAUUAUUUGAUGUGCUGCGCUCCGUUGUGUUUUUCUACAUCAAGACCCCUCUGCGGGUAAAGGAGGCAGGCCUGGAGGAACUCAUUCCCACCACGUGGUGGCCCACACGUUUCGACAAGGAGGGGAAAGACGAGCGGGAUCCACGGGAGGAGAGCGCAGAGGAGCGGCUCAGGCGGAGGGCCUACGAGCGCGGCUGCCAGAGGCUCAAGAAGAGGAUCGAAGUGGUGGAGGAGCUGCAGAUUCAGAUACUGAGACUGAUGCUGAACAGCAAGGACAAAGGAACGGGGGAAGCCUCAAGGUAUAUUUUCCUGAACAAGUUCCGCAAGUUCCUUCAGGAGAAUGCCAGUAAUAGAGGGAACCCGACGGUGCUGUGUCCACCGGAAUACAUGGUCUGUUUCCUGCACCGCCUCAUUGCUGCUGUCAGGAGCUACUGGGACGAAGGAAAGCGGAAGAUCCCAGGGACGGUCCCUAGCGAAGAGGCCUAUGUUCCUCCACAGCUCUUCUACAACGGCAAGGUGGACUACUUUGACCUGCAGCGUUUAGGGGGACUGCUCUCUCACCUCAAGAAGACUCUCAAAGAUGACUUGGCCUCCAAAGCCAACAUUAUUAUUGACCCUGCUGAAAUCCAGGCCACUUCCAUGGAUGACCUAGAUGAGGAUGAGGAGAGUGGUGCAGCUCAGAGACCUUCUGGUGCCACAGCCAUGGGGGGUGCCCUGGCCCGGCCCAGCUGGCUGAGCUCCCCGACACUGGGUAGAGCUAACCGCUUUCUUAGCACAGCUGCCGUCAGCCUCAUGACCCCUCGCCGACCUCUUGUGCCACCGGAGAAGGUCAAAGUUCGCACUCUCACUGUUGAGCAGAGAACAGAAGAGGACAUUGAGGGAAGCCAUGGUAAUGAUGGACUUUUGCUGGGGCGACCACCAGAAGAGUCUGACCACACAAUUACAGAGAAGUCCCUGCUGGAGAUCCUUGAUGGCAUUGUGAUGAUGUACAACUUGAGUGUCCACCAGCAGCUGGGAAAGAUGGUUGUGGUCUCAGAUGACGUUCACGAAUAUGCAGUGGCACUGAAAGACACAGAGGAGAAGAUAGCUCGUUGCCCAAGCAAGAGACCAGACAUCUUGGAAGAGCUACAGAAGAGCCAGAAGGUCUUUGCAGAGAAACUGAACCACCUUAGUCGGCGGCUGGCCUGGAUUAAUGCCGCCAUCUACUCCAAGGAGAAGAUGCUGGAUGUGUAUUGGCUGCUGCGGGUCUGUAUCCGCACCAUUGAGCACGCUGACGCCACCGGCUCCCUGUUCGCCUUCACCCCAGAAUUCUACCUCAACGUUGCCAUGAACAGCUACAGCGCCCUCAAGAACUACUUUAGCCCCUCUAACUGUAUGGAGGAGCUUCCAGGGUAUGAGGAUACCCUUACUCAGCUUGCUGCCAUCCUGGCAAAACAUUUUGCAGACCCCCGCAUUGUGGGCACAGACAUCAAAGACUCCCUGAUGCAGGCUCUCGCCAGUUAUGUGUGUUACCCACAAUCCCUCAGGGCUGUGGAGAGAAUCCCUGAGGAGCAGCGUGUGGCCAUGAUGAGGAACCUUCUCGCCCCCUACGAACAGCGGCCCUGGGCCCAGACCAACUGGAUCUUGGUGCGGCUGUGGAGGGGCUGUGGGUUUGGCUACAGGUAUACGCGCUUGCCCCACUUGCUCAAAACCAAACCAGAGGACGCCAACCUUCCCAGCUUACAGAAGCCCUGUCCCUCGCUCCUGCUUCAGAGACACAUGGCAGAGCUCCUUGGCCAAGACAAGGACAUGGCAGCCAGCUUCCUCAACAGUGUCCUUAACCAGCUGAACUGGGCCUUCUCUGAGUUCAUUGGCAUGAUUCAGGAGAUCCAGCAGGCUGCAGAGCGUCCAGAGCGGAACUUUGUGGACACCCGGCAGCUGAAAGUGUGUGCCACAUGCUUCGACCUGUCGGUGAGCCUACUGCGUGUCUUGGAGAUGACGGUCACCCUGGUGCCUGAGAUCUUUCUGGACUGGACCCGCCCCUCUGCUGAGCUGUUACUGCGCCGUUUGGCUCAGCUCUUAAACCAGGUGCUGAAUCGUGUGACUGCAGAGAGGAACCUUUUUGAUCGUGUUGUCAAUCUGCGUCUUCCAGGGCUAGAAAGCGUAGACCACUAUCCAAUCCUGGUGGCUGUGACGGGCAUCCUGGUACGCAUUCUCGUGGAUGGCGAAAGACAAGGGGUGUCCCGGGCUGCUGCUGUCCUGCUGUCGGACCCCUGCUUCCAGCUACACUCCAUCCAGCACCUCCUUGGAGAGAGCGAGCCGGCUGUUGCUGGGGCUCCCCCAGCCCCCUCUGAGCGCAAGCACUUCUCUCUGCAUGCCUACACGGACUACAUCAGCACCGAGGAGAAGCGAAAGGUGGAGCAGAUGCUGGCCUUCCUGACCGAGGAGUCUAAGCAGGCAGCGGCCAGCGCAGCACCCACCAGCGAAGAGGACCUGUGUCCCAUCUGCUAUGCUCACCCAAUCUCCGCCGUCUUCAAGCCCUGCUCCCACAAGUCCUGCAAAGCCUGUAUCAACCAGCACCUGAUGAACAACAAAGACUGCUUCUUCUGCAAAGCCACCAUCACCGGCGUGGAGGACUACAGCAAGCCCCUUCUGUCUUAGCGUCCCUCCCAGCGCUUAGCCCAGGCUGCCAGGGUGCGGACCGAACGCCACUACACGACACAUACGCGGGCAUGCGCACGUAUGCGGAUCUAACGUGCCUGCACGCGACGCACGCGAACACACACGGAUCGCGACACCUUACGCGACCGGCCACGCUUCUCCGGUGACCCUCCGAAACUGACCUCUGCCUGCGGGGGGAGGGGGCGCUUCUACGUUAGCAGCCAUGCAGGGGGCUUAACAACCCAGGGUGUUGUCCUGUCAGAGCUGACACUCUCACCAGAUGAGUCCUUUGCCUGUAGACCAAACAAAUACUCGCGCUGCGCUCUUCAGGUCCGUGCACCGCCGAAGCCUCCGAACGCCACGCGGCGACCCUGGGGGGGGGGUACUCCGUCUGGUUUUUAUUUAUACGGGCACUGAACCUCCUGAUUUAGUGUAAAUGUCAUACGUAUUUGAACUCACCCAAGUCCCUUUCUCACCUCUCAGUGCUGUAAAGAGAGUUGGCAAAGCUGUUGGACUCCAGGUCCGCGGUUCAACCAUUUUUUGCUACGGUCUACACGCUGACAGGGCGACGGCGAAGCUUCUACCGGCCGCACACUCCUUCCUCCUCUGUUCCGGUGUUUAAGCGUUGCAGUUCUUUUAUUAUAUGACUAAAGUAUUUAAUAAUGGCGGAGCAGACGUCAUUAUCCAUUUUCGGUCCGCCUGUAUACAUUCUCACGUCUUCUAUUAAGGUUGCACGGCACGGCCUUCGCGUUCAGACUCGGAAGGUGAUCGUCAGCUCUCCGCACCGCUCAUUAAAGCCUUACGAACAGCCGCCCCUUUCAGACGACGCUCGCCGUCUCGACGCCUAUGAAAUAAAUCCCCCCCUCCGCGCUUUCCCACGCGAUGUGCUCCCCCUCCGGUUUGACGUGAUUCACUGUGAUUAUGUUUAUACUUUUGAUGAAACACAGUCGGUGUGAUCCUACGGUCAGGUGAGCUGCUUUUAAAUAGGGAUUUAUUUUUAUUUUUAUUUUACUCCUUUGCUGUUGUUAUUGCUUUUAGUGAGGUACCGCUCCUCAGCCCCCCCUCCUGGUCUGGGAGGUAAAUAUGAUUUACAAAACAAACAAGCAAAUAAAUUUGGGGGGGGGUGGGGGCACGGAAGGCCGAAACGACGGGGAAAUCACGCAUCUGGGUCUCUGAGGAAGUGUGAACACAGAAACGGAAGGUUACUAACAAAUAUACACAAGUUAAAAAGGGAAAAAAAAAAAAAAAAAUGUUAUCCACCCGCUGAAUCGCUAAUCACUUUUUUGAAGUGUUUGGCUUGGCACUGAAAUACGCUUUUAUACACCAAAAAAGCUGUUGUCGUGUGGUCUUUCAAACUGUUACACUAAUUCAGAGCGACGGUAAUUCGGGCAAGGGAACGGCCGGGGGCCUCGAACCCAGGUAAAGGGAUUUAGGGUAUUUGAUGGGGGUGUUGGAGACAUUGAGCUAGAGCUCGCAGUCACUUGGACAUAUAGAACUGCGUACUAAUUGUUAACUAGGGAAGCCCCUGCUUGAGGGAUUAUACCUGAAAGUAACUGUGUGUGUGUGUGUGUGUGUGUGUGUGUGUGUGUGUGUGUGUGUGUGUGUGUGUGUGUGUGUGUGUGUGUGUGUGCGUGCGCUGCUCCAAGGAUUUAUUUAACAGUUCCCACACAAUGGCUUUUGCAGUGCUAGUUGCGGGAGCUGCGGAUUGUAUAAGCAAUACAAAGUGGACUGUUUUUUUUUUUUUUUUGUUUUCGAGUGGGGUGUUUCUUUUACUUGGAGGGGGGUAGUUUAUUGCUUUUAUUUCCUCUUUGUGAGUGAGAGUGCACAUAUAUUGAUGGUGUAACAGCAUUAAAUUAUUUAUCCUAAGCGGACGACUGCUGUGUCUUUUCUCCUUUUUUGUGGACAAGUAAGAAAGCAGAAUGUCUGGAUGGGAGUGAUUUAUCUUGGGGGUGGGGGGGUCCUGCUGACUGCACUCUGGGCCGAGCUCCGUAAAGUGCCUUGAGAGCGUCCCGCACGCAUCCAUUAAGAAGCCCUUACUUAUCUGGCCACAGGGAUGAAAUCGCUGACGCAGACGCAGAACUUCUUUGCGGCGAGAGAAAAGCAAAGCCGACUGCGCCUCCGUUUCCAGGGUCAGCAGCAUCUUUACGCUCGCAACAUGCGGGGAGUU